CCAAUAACGUUUCGGCGCCGUGGUCACAUGGGGGGCGGAGCUGCUUAAAAUCGGCGGGGCGGGGCAGCCGCGGCCUCAGUCCGGGCCCGUCCGGCGCCGCUCGGGUCGUUACGUCAUCUCAGGGGCAGGGCCCCACCUUAUGACGUCACGUUUGGCCCCGCCCCCCCACGCAUGGCGGCGGAGGAGGGGAAGUUGUUCGUGGGGGGCCUCAACUACGACACGGACGAGCAGGGCCUGGAGCAGCACUUCAGCUCCUUCGGGCCCAUCUCCGAGGGUGAGAGACACAAUUACCCUAAACCAUCCCAAAUACACCUAAAACAUCCCAAAAAUAUCCUUAAACGAGCCAUGGCGGCAUAUGAACGGGGAUUUCUGGGGGCACACCUGGGGCACCUGGGGGACUACGCACCUGGGCACACACCUUUGGGGGCACCUGUGGGCCACACCUGGGCGGGUUUGGGGAACACCUGGGCAAACGGGGGGGUGUGUGGGCACCCUGAGCACGCCAGCGACGCCAUGGCGGCCAUGAACGGGGAGUGCCUGGACGGGCGGCAGAUCCGCGUGGAUCACGCCGGGAAAUCGCCCCGGGGGUCCCGGGGGGGCUUCGGGGGCGGCCGGGGCCGGGCCAGGGGCUACGGCCGAGGAGGAGGAGACCGAGGCUACGGCGGCCGCUACGAGGGGCGCCCGGGGGGCUACGGGGGGGGCCGGGACUACGACGCCCACAGGCAGGGGGGUUACGGCGAGCGCUUCCCGUCGGCCUCGUACCGGGACAACUACGACAACUGAGGUAGGGACCCCCGAAAUGGGGGCACCCCCAGAUCUGGGGGACCCCCGGAACUGACCCAGGGCACCCCAAAACCUGGGGGACCCCCGGAACUGACCCAGGGCACCCCCAGAUCUGGGGGACCCCCUGAACUGAC